AUGGCUCGAUGGCUGUCCCGGAUGCUGGCGCUGUUUGCGCUGGCAUUGUGGACGGCAACGGUGGUGGAAGCCUUUGAAGAACGAAUCAACCAACAGGAAGACAAUCGGCAACGAUGCGCUGGCAUGUACAGCCGCAGCUCGUGGGGUGGCGCCGUCGACCCCUUCAUCCUCGUCAAGUUCGACUCGUACGACGGCCCCGUGGACCCCAUUGUCAGCCUGCUCAUCUUUGAGUGGCGCGACGAGCCCUUUAUCGGCGACCAGCCCGACCCGUCCAAGCCCAAGAUCAUCAUCUGCGAGCCCCAGUACGUCAAGCUCGGCUACUGCAACGCGACGAGCGUCGGCGAGUUUGUCCUCCAGCCCAACACCACCGAGAAGUCCAACAACCUGGUCUUCACAAAGGCCGUCGACAUCAAGAACGCCGAGCCCGUCAACUACUCCAUCAAGAAGACCGGCUACUACUGCGUCGUCACGGCGCCCUUCCAGGCCACCGACUACGGCGCCGUCAUCGAGUUCCGCAACGCGUACGGCGAGCUGCCCGCCACCCAGAUUCCCAAGCUGCCGUUCUACGGCGGCAUCACCAUCCUCUAUGCCGUCGUGGCCGUCUUCUGGGGCUUCCUGUACUACCAGCACCGCGCCGACAUCCUGGCCGUCCAGAACUACAUCACGGCCAUUUUGAUCUUCCUCGUCUUUGAGAUGCUCAUGACCUGGGGCUUCUACGACUUCUUGAACCGCCACGGCGCGAACAUUGGCUCCAAAGUGCUGCUCGUCGUCGUGGCCGUCCUCAACGCCUUCCGCAACUCCUUCUCCUUCUUCUUGCUGCUGAUCGUGUGCAUGGGCUACGGCGUCGUCAAGUCCUCGCUGGGCCGUGUGAUGUGGUACGUGCGCAUCCUGGCCGUCGCCCACUUCGUGUUCGGGCUGGUGUAUGCCAUUACGAGUCUGCUGGUCACGCCCGACGCCGCGGGCCCGUAUGUGUUGCUGAUUAUCCUGCCGCUCGCGGGCACGCUCACGGCCUUUUACGUCUGGACGCUCAACUCGCUCAACUUUACCCUCAAGGACCUGCGCGAGCGCAAGCAGCACGCCAAGGAGACCAUGUACAAGAAGCUGUGGUGGUGCAUCCUGCUCAGCAUCAUCACGCUCUUCUCCUUCUUCUUCUUCAACAGCUUCUCGUUCGCCUCGUCCAGCGACCCGGACUUUGUGCCCUUCCACUGGAAGACGCGCUGGUUUGUGCUGGACGGCUGGAUGAACCUCGUGUACUUUGCCGACGUCGCCUUUGUGGCCUACGUCUGGCGGCCGACGGCCAACAACCGCCGGUUCGCCAUGAGCGACGAGAUUGCCCAGGACGACGACGGGACCUUUGAGAUUGCCAACAUGGACAUUGGCGUGCCGGACGACUUUGACGAGGACGACGACUACGACGACGAUGGCCAGCUGAAGCCGAAUGCGGGCGGCCGCAACGGCAGUGGUGCCGGUCCCGGCGACCGGGCGGGCGUUGCGGGCGCCGAGGAGGCGAACCUGGGUGGCAGCAGCAGCAGCAGCAACAACAACAACAACGCGGCCGCCUCGUCCAAUACAGGCAGCAGCCGACCGGCCCAGCCGCCGCAACCAAUACCAAAGUCCAACCCGCUGCAGCGCGCCUCGUCAUCUGCGUCGGCCUCCAAGUCGUCGACCAAGCCCGCGCACCAGCGCGACUCGCUGGACGAUGACGAUACCAUAUUUGCUGUGGGUGACGGUGACAAGUUCUCGGAUGACGACGACGAGGGAUCCGGUGAGGAGUCCGGCCUGGUAAAAAAUAAGAAGUAA